AUGACAACAAGACGCGGCGCGAAGACUGCGUCGGCGGCAUCAAGCGCAAACUCUGGCAGCCGUCGCAGCUCGCUCGAUGAUGUUGCGCAACUCCAGGAUGCACCAUCCGACUCUGAAGAUGAAGGACCAGCCAAGGAUUCUGGUUCGCCCAUGUCCAAUGGCUCUUCUAACAACAAAGCAUUCAUGAACGACUCUAUCACUGUCGCGACAACCGCGCCAACAAGAACAGCUGGCAAGAAAAGACGCGCAUCAGAUUCGACGCAGUCUAGUAAUACCCUCAAGACGCGCCCCAGUAAUGGUCUUACCCGAAACCAAAGCGAUCUCUCCGAGCAACAACCGCGCAGGAAAAAGCGCAAAACUGCAGCCGGAACCCCUGCAGAAUCUGCGGAUCAACCUCCUGAGUUGACCGAUGCGAGUACCGCGCCGAAUUCACCUGAACAGCUUCCAGAUGUUGAUGGAAAUCAAAGCCUUCAAAAUGUGCUGCCGACUAAUGGUGAUGCCCCUGCCAAAACCGGCAGGCGGCUGCCCGGACGUCGACGCCAACCGCAUCCGGACAUCAACAUCGAGACCGAUCUGCGCCGCCAGCUCAAACUCAAGAUGGACUAUCGCAGCCUCGCAAAAGUCCAGAAGUCAAUUCUCGAGGAAUUGUCGAAACGAACACUUAGCAAUCUGCAAAAGGACCAAAAUUUUCAUACGCAAUGUCCAGAAUACAGACCACUCAUGGCGCAAUUGGACGAGCGCAGGAAUGGUCGUGUAAACCAGAUCCAUGCAGUGCGCACUUAUCGUAUGGAGCAAUCAGAGCGCGUGCGCAUCGCAGAAGAGCAUAUCCAAAAAGAGCAAUACAUCUGCUACUUCCGUAUGAAGCAAAUCGAGCGAGAGAUGAAGGGCGAGGAUGCAGACGCAACCGACGAUGAGGACAACAUUCUCCCACCCACAUACACAGAUGAGGCACACCAUGAUGUUGAAGACCGUAUUGGUUCAAAGUAUGCUUCACGUAGCAGAGCAUACGUCGAAGCCGACAGAGAGCUUGAAGAUGAUGCGCGACGAAGACGGUUUGCUCUGGCCAGAGAAGCUUUCGUCGCUAAAGACGAGGACGCAGACGACUCGAUCGAAGAAGCCAGCGGCGGCUUUGCCCGAUUUGCUGGUCCUGACCGCGACCAAGCAAUCGCUCAUCACAACCUCAUGAGUAUGGUCGAUGCUGCGGUUGAACUGGAACGAACACCCACGCCCAUGCCUCAGGAACGCACAGAGGUAGCACCGGUCCAGGUGAUACCCAAUGCCCACGCUGUAGAUCUCAUGAUGCUUGCGGAAUUGUCCACACAGCAGACACACGACGACGCUAAUCGGGACAUGUCGUAUGCAGAUGAGCAGCCUCAGCUUGACGAUCAAUUCGACGAGCCCGAGCCUCCACGAGCCGCGACUCCGCCCGUGACCCAUGAGCUCACCAGACAGAUGUCACCACUUGAAGCGCCAUUGCCAAUGCCUCAAUAUUCACAGGCUGCGCAUAGCAGUCCGAUCAAGGCUAGCCCAGCCUCUGUGCAGCCAUCUCUACAAAAGUCUCAUUCAGAGUCAAAUGGCUUACCUAUAGUUUCCAGAGAUGCAUUACCAGCACGAGUAUCUACGCACAGAAUCAUGGACAUUCUGAACAACGAUCAGGAUGUACCCAUGUUCCGCUCAAGAGAGUCGCAGGCGCCACAAACCACGCAACAAGAGCCUAGUACUCCUACAAUGCGCGCAUCUGCAGUCAGUCAACAUAAUACCCCUUCGCAUGACACUGCACCCAAUUUAGACGCAGCUGUUGACAAUGACCAGCCGGUUGAUCAGGCUCUCAUGGACGCUCUUGGAGGAAGGCCCAGUGAACCUCCCUCACCACACGCGAAUCACCAACCUCGGUCGUGGCAGAGUGCUGCACCCGCACGAGAACCGGAAGAAGCGCCUCGUAGGAAAGAUCCCCUGCAGAAGAUUCGGGAGUUGCUUGAUAGAAAGGCUCGCGAACAUGGAAGGGAACCUCCUGAUCGGUCUCAGUACCGGGCCAGUGGACCCUCAUUCUUGCCACGCGUGUCGAGCAUGCAAGCUGCCCAAGACCGACAAGAGGUUGCUGGCUACGACCCAACACGUCCCUCGGCGGGUCUUUAUAGUACAUCGUCUAGUGCUGCACCUUUGUAUCCUACGUCUGCUCGAAGAGAGUCCCAGGAUCACGGACCGCCACGUUGGGACCAGGACAGACGCAUGAGUGGUUCGCAAGCGCCGCAGCAGCCCAGCCAAUCGCCCUACAGCAACCCACCUCAGCCUCAUCAGAGUGAGCACAACCAUACAUCAUCGGCGUCGUCAGCACACCAGAGUCCAUACACUCUACCGCCAGGCUCAUUACCUCUACCUCCGAAACCACCUGGUCCACCACCACCAGUCAACUUCCGUUUCGCGCACUAUGAUCCUGCACCACCUCGAUCUUCAUAUCCGCCCACAUCACCUAGUUACCCACCGAGCUCGCACGCUCCUCCGCUCGGCCCACCAUCAUCACAAUACCCGCAUUACCAACCACCAUACCAAGGUGGCUAUGUCCCACCCCCGGGCUCAUUCCAAGCACCACCUCCUCCACCGCCACAUCUCGCUCCUUACCAACCGCCUAAGAUCCAACAAUACGGCGGUCAAACAAUUCUUCCCGCGAGCAUGGCGCCCCCACCUAGUUUUGCGCCACACAUGGCUUAUCAUGGUCAACAAGCUCCGUCUCUACCACCGCCACCACAGUCGGCAUAUUCGACACCGCAAGGCCCGCCGCCACAACAGCAGCAGUAUGAGCCUCAGCGUGGACAAGAAACCCGGCCUAGUGAGCGACCGGAGCCGCAGCCGAGACCGAGAAGACAAUAUAGAAGCUGGCAUGCUCCAGGCACGCAGUUUAGGACUUAUCAAGGGCCGAAAGGACCGAGGAAGGAGACUUAG